AUGAAGUUCACUUCUAUCCUAGCCCUCGCCGGCGUCAUCACCCCAGCCAUCGCUGCUCCUUCUAAGUCUGAGAAGACUUGCUCGAAUCCUGCAAAGAGAAUUGAGUGGCGGGAGCUGGACCCCGCUGAUCAGAAGGGCUAUAUCGAUGCUGUUCUGUGCCUCAAGACUAAGCCUUCUCGUAUGGGUCUUAAGUCGAGCUUAUAUGAUGACUUCCCUCAUCUUCACUUCAAGCUCAACAGUUGGAUCCAUGGUGGCUCUCCUUUCCUCCCUUGGCACAGAUACUUUGGUGUAGUCUACGAGCGAGCUCUUCGUGACUGCGGUUAUGAAGGUCCUUAUACCUACUGGGACUGGACCAAGGACGCAGAAGGACUUCGCCAUUCCCCGGUCAUGGCAUCCAAAAACGGCUUCGGUGGCAACGGAAACUCUGAUAAGACCGAAAAGACUGCCUCUGGGGGUACACUCAAGUGUGUCACCGACGGCCCGUUUGCAAAACUACGACCCGAAUACCUCGAGACCGAGCCCAGGAAGCUGACUGAUGGCGGCCAUUGUCUGCAUCGCGAUUUGCCCGAAGUCACCGAGCCUGGUGCAUACGCAAUCAUGGCCAAGAUCAUUGGCCCUGAAGGAGUCAAGGAGGUUCAAGCCUCUGGUAACUGGAGUUACUACUCCUGGUCUCUGGAGGGAGGACCUCAUGGUAGCAUUCACGCUUCUCUGGGUGGAGAGAUGAACCCCACUACUUCUCCCAACGAGCCUCUCUUCUUCUUGCACCAUGCUCAGAUUGAUCGUCUCUGGUGGUUGUGGCAGAAGGAGAACUCUACCAGACUUACUGAGUAUAACGGUCUUUACAAGAACAUUAAUCAGACUGAGCAACACGAGGUUAGCCUGGACGACGUUUUGAUUAUGGACGGUAUUGACGAGGACCUUACUGUUGGAGAUGUGAUGGACACCACCAAAGGUCCCUUGUGCUACACUUACUAA